AUGUGAGUACGAGGAAGCAGCGGCCGCCAUUUCAGAGAGCUUGUCGAAGCUGUCGCAGGGGUGGAUCCUGAGCUGCCGAAGCCGCCGUCCUGCACUUCCGCGCGGGCUCCUCUAAUCCCAUUGUUUCUUUUAGAUUCGCUCGGGCCUAUCCGCCCUCGGAGCCCGAAAUUCGGGCUGGGCGGUACCGCGGCCUGGGCCUAGCGGCUUAACAGUAGCAACAGCGGCGGCAGCAACAGCAGCAGCCCCCGUCUUUCCGAAUACAAGCACCCCAGGGGCCCGAAAGCCCGCACAGGCGUUUAGAGAAAAUGGCAGACGAUAUUGAUAUUGAAGCAAUGCUUGAGGCUCCUUACAAGAAGACUUGCCUAACGAUAUCUCACCUCUACUCCCAUGAAUUCACCUUUGAUUCCAGUGUGAACUGUCAAUCAUAAGGAUGAGAACAAGUUGAGCAGUGCUAACGGCCAUGAAGAACGUAGCAAAAAACAAAGUUUCUGCCUCCUUGGAAAGCUCUACAUCUCCUUGUGAUUGGAGUGUGGGUUUCAAGAUUCCAGAAGGAGGAAAAAAAGCAAGAGCAGAAGUCGUAGUCAUGAACGUAAAAGAAGCAAAAGUAAGGAACGGAAACGAAGUAGAGAUAGAGAAAGGAAAAAGAGUAAAAGCCGUGAAAGGAAGCGAAGUAGAAGCAAAGAAAGGAGACGAAGCCGCUCAAGAAGUCGAGAUCGCAGAUUCAGAGGCCGCUACAGAAGUCCUUACAGACGACGCUCCCGAAGCAAAAGUCCAUUCAGAAAAGACAAGAGCCCUGUGAGGGAACCUAUUGAUAAUCUAACUCCUGAGGAAAGAGAUGCAAGGACAGUUUUCUGCAUGCAGCUGGCAGCAAGAAUUCGCCCAAGGGAUUUGGAAGAGUUUUUCUCUACAGUAGGAAAGGUUCGAGAUGUGAGAAUGAUUUCUGAUAGAAAUUCAAGACGUUCCAAAGGAAUUGCAUAUGUGGAGUUUGUUGAUGUUAGCUCGGUGCCUCUAGCGAUAGGAUUAACUGGCCAACGUGUUUUAGGAGUGCCAAUCAUAGUACAAGCAUCACAGGCAGAAAAAAACAGAGCUGCAGCAAUGGCAAACAAUCUACAAAAGGGAAGUGCUGGACCUAUGAGGCUUUAUGUGGGCUCAUUACACUUUAACAUAACUGAAGAUAUGCUUCGGGGGAUCUUUGAGCCUUUUGGAAGGAUUGAAAGUAUCCAACUCAUGAUGGAUAGUGAAACAGGUCGAUCUAAGGGAUAUGGUUUUAUUACGUUUUCCGAUUCAGAAUGUGCCAAGAAGGCUUUGGAACAACUUAAUGGAUUUGAACUAGCAGGGAGGCCAAUGAAAGUUGGUCAUGUUACUGAACGUACUGAUGCUUCCAGUGCUAGCUCAUUUUUGGACAGUGAUGAACUGGAAAGGACUGGAAUUGACUUGGGAACAACUGGUCGUCUCCAAUUAAUGGCAAGACUCGCAGAGGGUACAGGUUUGCAGAUCCCACCAGCAGCACAGCAGGCUCUACAAAUGAGCGGCUCUUUGGCAUUUGGUGCUGUGGCAGAAUUCUCUUUUGUUAUAGAUUUGCAAACAAGACUUUCUCAACAGACUGAAGCUUCAGCUUUAGCUGCAGCUGCCUCUGUCCAGCCUCUUGCAACACAGUGUUUUCAACUCUCUAACAUGUUUAACCCUCAAACAGAAGAAGAAGUUGGAUGGGAUACAGAGAUUAAGGAUGAUGUGAUUGAAGAAUGUAAUAAACAUGGAGGAGUUAUUCAUAUUUACGUUGACAAAAAUUCAGCUCAGGGCAAUGUGUAUGUGAAGUGCCCAUCAAUUGCUGCAGCCAUUGCUGCUGUCAAUGCAUUGCAUGGCAGGUGGUUUGCUGGUAAAAUGAUAACAGCAGCAUAUGUACCUCUUCCAACUUAUCACAACCUCUUCCCUGAUUCUAUGACAGCAACGCAACUACUGGUUCCAAGUAGACGAUGAAGGAAGAUAUAGUCCCUUAUGUACAUAGCUUUUUUUCUUUCUUGAGAAUUCAUCUUGAGUUAUCUUUUAUUUAGAUAAAAAUAAAGAGGCAAGGGUCUACUGUCAUUUGUAUACAAUUCCUGUUACCUUGAAAAAAUAAAAAUGUUAACAGGAAUGCAGUGUGCUCAUUAUCCCUAACUAGCAAAUCCCACUGUAUACAAAGCUGUUCUCUUGUUCUGCCUUUUAAAUGUACAUGUAGAAAAUUACAUUAAGGAUCUAUAGGAAUAGCUCUAGGGGGGAACAAAUGUGCUUAAUGUAAAAAGGCAGACAGGGAUGUAAUUAUGUUUUUAAUGUUUCAGAAGCCUAACUUUUUACACAGCAGUUACAUUUCACGUUUCACUAAUGUUGAUAUUUGGCUAAUGGUUUGGCAGAGGUUUCUGGAGUACACUUUUAGUGUAUGGGAAUUCAAGACAGCUAAAGGGCUGUAUGAUUAACAUCUCAUCUUGCAUCAUGAUCAAUUGGCAAGAAAAGGAGAUUUCAAGAUUACAUUUCCAGAUGGUAUCUUUUCAAUUUAAUGUAUCUGUAAAAGUUUCUUUGUAAAUAUUAUGUGUUCUGGUGUGUCUUAAGAUUCCAAACAAAAUGAUCCCUGCAUUUCCUCAAAAUGUUUAGUGGCAGUCUGGUAAGCAAAGCAGUCUGAGCAAGAAAUAGGAAAUGCAGAAAUAGGUUUUGUCUGGUUGCAUAUAAUCUUUGCUCUUUUUAAGCUCUGUGAGCUCUGAAAUAUAUUUUUGGGUUACUUCAGUGUGUUUGACAAGACAGCUUGAUAUUUCUAUCAAACAAAUGACUUUCAUAUUGCAACAACCUUUGUAAGAACCACUCAAAUAAAAUUCUCUUAAAAAGGC